AAAGAUUUUAAACAGAAUAGAUUAAAGUUAUUUUAAAAUUUUUAGACAGCAAAUAAAUAUGUUUAAAGUUGUGUUAAUUUUAGCAAUAAGUAUUGCAAGUAUACAAUACGCCAAAGCAGUUUGUCAUGCAUGUAACGAUGCCAAUGGUGUGGCCUGCAUAAGUGAAAAAGAAUUCAAUCUAUGUUUCGGAGGUGUUGCCGAUACCUCAAAGAAAUAUUCCUGUUUGGGAGAGAAUGAUGUUUGCACAAAAUACGCUCGUGCUUGUAUGGAUAUCACAGAAGCGGUUGUCACCCCUGCUUGUGGCGAUACCUCCAAUUGUGGCAAGUGUGGUAAGGAACCACAAGAUGAGGGCAUGUUUACCUGCACUAGUCGCACAACAUUUACCAUGUGUUUUGGUGGCGAAUUAAGCGACAUACGCGGCACUUGCCCAGAAAAUCAAAUCUGUGAUGUUAGUUUAGGCAAACAGAAAGAGUAUCCCUGUGUGCCAGCCUGCAAGGAACCAGAAAUCGAAUUUUGUGAUCUAUAUGAUGCCAUCGAUGUGCCAGUAACAACAACACAGGAACCAACAACACAGGAGCCAACAACAACUACUGAAUUACCCACAACAACCGAAAAAGUGACCACAACUACCGAACAAAUUACCGCGGAACCAAUCACAACAACUGAAAAAAUUACAACUACCACUAAACCAGAAGAGCCGACUACAACUACCGAAAAAGUUUCCACUACCACUGAAGAAAUAACUACCACCACAAUAUUUGCUCCUACACCGCCACCAGUCACCACAACAACAGAGCCAGCAACUACUACUACAGAAUUGCCGACGACAACAGAAAAUCCAGCUGAACUUGUGUGCUCCCAACAGUCGGCUGCAGGACGUUAUCCUCAUCCGAAUGAUAAAACAUGUAAAAACUAUCUAUAUUGUUACAAGAAAGGCGGCGUUAUGCAGACCACCAUCAUGAAAUGCCCAAAUCAAUUCUAUUUCAAUCCCUCGACCAGCUUGUGUGGUGAAGUCAAACCAGAGGGCUAUAAUAAACCCAAUACAAAUAUUAUGUAUCACUGCAAGGAUGGUUUUGAUUGCACGGAUUUAAGCGCCAUUUGUGUUCAAACUUCAUCACAACGUCCGCCCAGUUGUGGCGAUACAUCACUGUGUGGCAUGUGUGCUGCCCAUCGUAAUUAUUUGUUUGCCUGCCUCAGUCGCACCACAUUUCAAAUGUGUUAUGGUGCCAUACGACCUACUGGACAAAUUGGUUACUGUCCGUCCGGUUAUGUUUGUUAUGGUGGCAGUGAUGCUGUUUGUGUUUUGGAGGAGACCAUCGAUGGUGUAACCUGUGAUAUUGUGGACGAUGGCGUAACUACCUCAUCACCACCAACCAAUACACCGCCCACAAAGCCUGGUAAUUCGACCACAGAAAAUCCGGGAAAUGAAAUGUUAACACCAACAGAGAUGUGUGAACAAAAACAUUCGAUGGGUUUGUAUCCGACCACACCAAAUGAUCCGUAUUGUAGAAGGUAUUUAAAACUGUCAAUAAUAGUGUUGCACAUACUCAAUCAAUCAGUUGUGGUACAUUCUGAGUGUAAUGUCUGCAAUGCCCUUACAAAUACCUCCUGUAUUUCGACAACUGAAUAUAGACAAUGUGAAAAUAAUGAACCAUUCGGUAAAAUAUUCGAGUGUAAUGAGGAUUAUUAUUGUUCCAUAUUGGGAAGCUGUACGAAAGAAGAGGGCUUGAGUGAUUGUAAAGUUUGUGGAAUAUGUGACGGAAGUAAAACAUUUGCCUGUACGGGUACAAAAACAUUUGCGUUGUGUUUGGGUAAUGACAAGCCAUCUGAAAUGACCGGCGAAUGUAAAGAUGAAUAUACGUGCAAUAUUAACGAUGAAAAAAUUUGUGGCAUUGAAACUCCUACCUGCUCUUAUCGUGAUGAUCCUAUAAUUACAACUACCACUACAACCACCACUACUACUACUACGGAAUCUCCGGCACAAGAUCCUAAUGGCUUUUGUCAACUUAUUCAAAACCCAGGUCGUUAUCCCGUUGGCACGAAUCCCCAAACUACUUGUCGCCAAUAUAUCAGCUGUGUUAAGGUCGGCAAUAUUUGGUAUGGUCCUAUUUACAACUGUCCCGGUCAAACAUAUUUUGAUGUUUCUAAAAAUGGUUGUGUUGCAAAUCAGCCGAGUACAUGUGGUGGUACUGUUAGUCAUCUCUCAUUUCGGAAUAUUUUAUUGGAGUGAUUUGCAAUAAUAAAUAAUAGAUAUGGAUAUUGAAUAUUAUGUACGAAUACAUUUUCAAUAUUAAAUUUUGUGGUUUUAGAAAGAAAUAAAACUAUCUUAAGUACGAGCAUUUUAAUAUAA